AGGACUGCGUUAGAGAAGCCGGCGCACGAGGAAUCGGAGCCGGGCGUGCGUCUCGCCCCCGUUCGGCUGCUCAUUCGAACACUCGGGGAGAUGAAUGAAGCCCCUGGAAGCAGCGACCGCGUUUAGGGGAGCAGAGGGGGGCCAGGGCGCUGGGCCCUGCCGGGGAGUCCUCAGGUGUAGGCAGCACGCUAAAAUGCGGGGAUCGGCUUACAUCUUGCGAGUGAGCUUGAAGGAGCGCUUCCGUCCUUACUCUACUCCGAACAAACGAUUAUCUGGCAACAAGGCAGGACAAGUCUGGGCCCCCGAAGGAUCCACUGCUUUCAAGUGUCUGCUCUCGGCCAGGCUGUCUGCUGCUCUGCUCAGCAACAUCUCCGACUGCGACGAAACCUUCAACUACUGGGAGCCAACACACUACCUCAUCUAUGGGAAAGGUUUUCAGACUUGGGAAUAUUCCCCUGAAUAUGCCAUCCGCUCCUAUGCUUACCUUUUGCUGCAUGCCUGGCCAGCUGCAUUUCAUGCAAGAAUUCUACAAACCAACAAGAUUCUUGUCUUUUAUUUUUUGCGAUGUCUUCUGGCUUUUGUGAGCUGUAUUUGUGAACUUUAUUUUUACAAGGCUGUGUGUAAGAAGUUUGGGCUGCAUGUGAGUCGAAUGAUGUUAGCCUUCUUGGUGCUCAGCACGGGGAUGUUCUGUUCAUCAUCCGCCUUCCUUCCCAGUAGCUUCUGUAUGUACACUACGCUGAUAGCCAUGACUGGCUGGUAUAUGGACAAGACUCCCAUCGCUGUGCUGGGCAUAGCAGCUGGGGCUCUCUUAGGCUGGCCUUUCAGUGCAGCUCUUGGCUUACCCAUUGCCUUUGAUUUGCUGGUCAUGAAACAUAGGUGGAAGAGUUUCUUUCAUUGGUCACUGGUAGCCCUAAUUCUCUUUCUGGUGCCUGUAGUGGUCAUUGACAGUUACUAUUAUGGGAAGUUGGUAAUUGCACCACUCAACAUUCUUUUGUAUAAUGUCUUCACUUCUCAUGGACCUGACCUUUAUGGUACAGAACCCUGGCAUUUCUAUUUAAUUAAUGGAUUUUUGAAUUUCAAUGUUGCCUUUCCUUUGGCUCUUCUGGUCUUGCCACUGACUUCUCUUAUGGAGUACCUGCUGCAGAGAUUUCAUGUUCAGAAUUUAGGCCACCCAUAUUGGCUUACCUUGGCUCCAAUGUAUGUUUGGUUUAUAAUUUUCUUCAUCCAGCCUCACAAAGAAGAGAGAUUUCUUUUCCCCGUGUACCCACUUAUCUGUCUUUGUGGCGCUGUGGCUCUUUCUGCACUUCAGAAAUGUUACCACUUUGUGUUUCAACGAUACCGCCUGGAGCACUACACUGUAACAUCAAAUUGGCUGGCCUUAGGAACAGUCUUGCUAUUCGGGCUCUUGUCGUUCUCCCGCUCCGUGGCGCUGUUCAGAGGGUAUCAUGGACCCCUUGACUUGUAUCCAGAAUUUUACCGAAUUGCUACAGACACAUCUAUUCACACUGUCCCAGAAGGCAGACCUGUGAAUGUCUGUGUGGGAAAAGAGUGGUAUCGAUUUCCCAGCAGCUUCCUGCUGCCCGAUGAUUGGCAGCUUCAGUUCAUUCCAUCAGAAUUCAGAGGUCAGCUUCCAAAACCUUUUGCAGAGGGACCACUGGCCACCCGGAGCAUUCCCAGUGACAUGAAUGACCAGAACCUGGAAGAGCCAUCCAGAUAUAUAGACAUCAGUAAAUGUCACUAUUUAGUAGAUUUGGACACCAUGCAUGAAACACCCCGGGAACCGAAGUACUCAUCCAAUCGAGAAGAAUGGAUCAGCUUAGUCCACAGACCAUUCCUUGAUGCAUCUAGAUCUUCAAGGCUCCUGCGGGCAUUUUAUGUCCCCUUCUUGUCUGAUCAAUAUACAGUAUAUGCAAACUACACCAUCUUCAAACCCCGGAAAGCAAAGCAAGUCAAGAAGAAAAGUGGAGGUUAGCAACAUGUUCGUGGCCUCAAAGGACAACCAUCUUGUUACCUAGCAGUUCUGCUGCCGACUCCCUCCAACUCAUCACCUAUAGUAUUUUUAAUAAAGGUCAUCUGACAUGAAUAGAGCAAUCUGGGUCUUUGAGCUAGGCCAGGUGUUCUCUCAAAGUCUAGUCAAAGUUACAUUCGCUUCGGUGUCUCUUUUCUGCAUGUGAACUUUGCAGAUAGGCAGGACAAGGCCCUAAACCACAGACAGAUAUAGUGCUACACAUCUCAUUGUCUUGUUUUGUUUUUUUCUGUUUAAUUAUUUAUUAGACCGAAGAAGAGCAGAACCAGCUUAUAGGAAGAUUUGAAAAUUCCUGGACUGGAUAGCUGUGUUAACUGUCCACACUGUGGCUGGGCAUCUGAGAACCAGCCAGCCUCUCUCAGGCCCCACAGGCUUCUCCACCAAAGCUAUCCACAACUUCUAGCAGACUUCAUGGUUCAAAUCCUAGUGCUGAAAAUGAGCCCAGCCUCCUUGCUAACAACGCAUCCUUUUUCACCUCCAGCAAGACUAAGCUUCGGUAAAGCACUUCACAGGACCAAGCCCCUGUCCUGUCUGGGGUGAUCUCAGGAAAAAGGCAACCAUUUGAGGAACUGUGACUUAAUUUUAUUAUAUAGGAUGCCUUUAAUUUCCACUUUACUUCCUUUACCACCAACUUCCACUGUAUGGGUAUCUUACGUUUUUCUUUUGAGUUUUGGCAUGCUGUAUCUUGAGUUCCUGACUCCACUGUGUAAAGCAUCAACAGACUAACAUAUAGUAGGGCAUUUGUAGAGAAAUUAAUUCUAUCAGUUGGUAGAUUUGGAUGACAUCACAUUUUAAAAUAAUGUGUUCUGAGGCCAUUGCUGAGAAAGUUAGGAGUUUUCUUUUUUAAAACAAUCCUAGUGAAAAGGACCAGUGUAUAUUUAUACUUUUUUUUCAGUUCUGUGUCAAGGCACAUCCCACAUGGGGUGCUUCUCAUCAAAUAGGCAAGGAAAAGGACCAUUAAAAUGUAACAGGCACAUACUACUUCCCUUUAUUUACAGUAUCUCACAAUUUACACAGCACUUGCAGUCUCACUUGACUGUCACAAUCACAAUGCAAAGUAGACAACAGGUCAUUUUAUCCCCACUUUACAGAUGAGAAAGCAGGCUAAAGACAGGAAAGUGAUUUGCCCAUGGACCCACAGCCAGUAAAGAACUAGGACCUAGAACCUAGGUUGCUUAAUUUCUCAUCUAGCUUGGAAGGAUGAUGAAGUUGACCAGAGAUCUGACUCAUACUGUAGCUUUCUAUUUCAAAACACAACUUUACAUGUUUUGAGUUCAUUGGAGCCUCAAAUCUUCCUGUGUAUUAGUCCAUCACCACAGUGCUGCAUAAUAUAAUCAGGCUUUGGCAGGAAGGUUCCUGUGCAGCCAGAGGACCCAACUGUCUGGACUAUCCCUGUCAUUCCUCUCGGGUUACUUUAGAGGUGCCUUAUUUCCCUAAGGAUAACUAUUUCUAGUGUCUGAAAAUAGGAUGGAUCUAUUUUUCAGAAUUUUCUAUCUUUCAACUUUCAAAGAGAAGGACUUUCCAAUAGGGACAUACCCUGAGAAGGGAAGGGAAAUAAUAAUGAGACAAAUGGGUGGUUACUGUAGAAAAACUUUCUUCUUGGGAUCCUCUCUAAAUAUUAUUAUUUUUUUUAUGUAAGGAAUAUUCGGAGCUGGAUUUAAAGCAUUGGAAAGGUGAUAGGUCCAGACAAUACAGAACAAUAAUUGAAAGUAAACUGGAGCCCCACGUCUUAGAAAAAUUUCUAGCUUUUGCUUUUUGAUACUAUUGGUUAAUGUUUUCCAAAGCAAAUAGUGGGUUUAUGAUCUGAUUACAGGGCAGAGGACUAUAGGUGAAGCAUCUUCCCUUUUUACAGUAACAUACUGUCCUUCACAGCAGGACAAAACCUCUCCUUUUUGUAGGGAUAAGUAAGAGUCCAGUAAUGGAAGUCGAUGAAGGGUUGUGGUUGUCUAAUCGGACUGCUACAGUACUGAAAGUCUACCAAAGCCCACUGGUAGAGUAUGUUCUCGGCAUCUGUGAGGCCCUGGGUUUGGUAUCCAACAAACAUGGAUGUGCACAUGCGCACACGAGCACGCACGCAGAGCGUAGUAUAGUGCUGAUUGUGUUAUCUUGCUUGUUUGAAAAAAUAAAAGGUCCCUGAGCAAGAACUUAAUUAUAGCAUAAAAAGGAUUAAUACAGGACUUCCUUGGAAUGUCAGUUCCUAUCCCUUGGAAAACCUCAAUUUUGGUUUUCUUUGUUCUUGAUCUCUUUAGUAAAAAGAACACAAUAAAUCACAAGAUACUGUGCCAAGUGCUAUAGGUAAGGGAUAUAAAAAUCAAUGGUUUUUGUUGUGAAGGUGUUUUUCAUGUGACAGUUUAAAAACAAAAAAAUUUCCAUCUCUUAGCAUUACUAGGAGGUUAGCUCUGUACAGAAAUGGGUUUCAAAACACCUGUUCAGAGUAGCAUUUUUCUUCCAAAGAAUCGAUGUUUGGCAUGAGCUACUUUGCCCGCCGUAAGUACAUAAGGUACUUCUUACUACAUAGUCUGUAGGGCACUGAAUUAGGAAGUAGAGAUGAUUCAGAGUACCCUUUCAUUAUGGGCUCAGUGUGGGAGUGGGUACACUUGGCAAACCUGGCAUUCUCUGAUCUCCAGCUCUAAGCAAGCCUUAUCUGAACCCAAAUCUUGUGACAUCGAGUAGCAUUAUGAACCAGUCUGUAUGGCAGGCCUCUAUUAUCAAAAUUUACUUCUCAUAGGUAGGUGUCAUCUGAUAAGACAGGCCAUUUUGAUUUCUUGAGAUAACCACAGAAAACUGCAGCCUAUAUUCCUAAAUGUAGGAAUUGAAGUUUAGAAGCAGACUCAUUGUUUUACAAUUAAGGUGGCUCUUGAUCCCAGUCACCCACUGAAGUCCUUUCUCCUCGUUUGAUGUUCUGGGAAAGAAUUCUGAAAACCUUGUGUGAUUCUGCACACAAGAUGAAGGUAACCCUUUCACUAAUGGCAGUCCUUUAUUGUGUUUUACCUUUCCUGGAGUAUAUGGAAAUAAGAAUCCGCUGUCAUUGUACACUCUGCUAGCCAGUACCAGGCAGCUCUGCUUUUUAAUUUGGUUAAUUUUAUUUUCUCUAGAGAGGAAAAAGAGGCAAAUUAAAUCUUUGUCUCCAGAGACAUAGCAAAGCUCAUGUGUUAAUUCAUUCUCAUGCUCUUACAUUAAAUGCCUUGAGUAAGUGGAUAAUGGACUGGGCUCAGCUUUAAUUUUUAAUUGAUUUUUCAUCAGAAAGAUCAAACUUUCUGGCAUUGUUUGAUAUGGCAUUGUUAGGAGUUCAGAAGCUCUCUUACAUCUGUAAGUCUGAAUGUUGCCUUUAAUUUGUCUAAAAUCAUGUGAUUUAUGGUGCAAAUGAAAUCAGGAAGCACUAUAAUGUUGAAGCAAGUGUAUUAUCCAGUUCAUUUGUCUUUCUGAUCUUUGUGCUUUAUUCAUGUGUCAGUGUUUAUAUUACAUAUUGUAUUUUCUGUGAAAGAGAAAGUUGAAUAAAUCUUGGCAGUUUGA